CAAUGUUAAAUUCUGUCAAAAUAUUUGACCUGACAGCAGAGUAGAUUGUGUCCGGUGGUGCAGUUUUUCUUCUUUGCGGAUGGGUGAGAAGUUCUAUGUCCAUUUUGACCCAACGUACUUAAACGCGUAACAUUCCCAUUCUCUCAUUUGGGUUUUGCCAACUUGGCUCCUACCAAAAUCCCAUUUUGGGGUUGUCGUUCGCUCUUAGUUUGGAUAGUUUGGAGGCCCACGACCGCCGCCAUAGCUUUCACUUUCAGUUUUGUUCUGCUCGUACAAUGCCUUGGUGGGAUCUGGGAUCGCUUUCUCGGCUUAAAAUUUUCAGUGGCGGCUCACAGGAUGUGUCAAGCAAGAGGCAGGGGAUAUCAUCCAUUGACUUUCCAUUGAUAGAACAACAGAAUGAAGAGCCAAAUAGAAUGCAGGAAGUUCAGCUUGGUUCGCAUACAGUAAGGUCCCAUGGAGUCUCAGUUGCAAGGACACACAUGCAUGAUUGGCUGAUACUCAUGCUUCUAGUCUUGAUUGAGAUCAUCUCAUUAUAUGUUAUCCAUCCGUUUUAUCGUUACGUUGGGAAAGAUAUGAUGACCGAUCUCAGAUAUCCCUUGAAAAGUAACACAGUGCCUGUUUGGGCUGUUCCUAUGUAUGCAAUGAUGCUGCCCAUCUUGAUAUUUCUUGUUGUAUAUUUCCGUAGAAGAGAUGUCUAUGAUCUUCAUCAUGCCGUACUAGGUCUCUUAUUCUCUGUUGUGAUAACAGCAGUUAUCACAGAUGCUAUAAAAAAUGCUGUGGGUCGACCUCGGCCAGACUUCUUUUGGCGGUGCUUUCCAGAUGGAAAGGAUGUUUAUGAUCAAUUGGGAGAUGUUAUAUGUCAUGGUGAUAAGAGUAUCAUAAAGGAGGGCCAUAAGAGUUUUCCUAGUGGGCAUACUUCAUGGUCCUUUGCUGGUCUGGGUUUCCUUUCUCUUUACUUGUCUGGAAAAAUAAAAGUAUUCGAUCGCAGAGGCCACAUUGCAAAAUUAUGCAUUGUUUUCUUUCCUUUACUUUUUGCAUCACUUGUUGGCAUCUCUCGAGUUGAUGAUUACUGGCACCAUUGGCAAGAUGUGUUUGCUGGAGGUCUCCUAGGGCUCAUGGUGUCUACAUUCUGUUACUUGCAGUUCUUUCCACCCCCCUAUCAUCAUGAAGGUUGGGGGCCAUAUGCUUACUUCAGGGUGCUGGAAGAAUCGCGAGUGGGUACACAGGCACCAAAUCCGACGAGCAUACAUAAUGACCAGGCCUUGGAGGUUCAGGUUGAGGAGCAACAUGAGAGAAGAAGAAGCAAUGGAUGUUUGGGACUAUCUAUAACGAAUGAUGAUUCUUCUUUGACACUGGAAGAACUAGAAUCUGGGAGGAGAUAGUUGUUUUAAAUAUCUAGCUUUUAGAGCCAAAUGUGUAUUUCAUUAAAUUUGGCAGAUGUAUAUGCUGUAGUAUAUUCCACGGUUAAACCUCAAAGUUGAUUUUUGGAACUUGAUGGGAAGUUAUGAAAAAACAUCUCAACUUGAACUAUUACAGGCUUUCCUUUUCAUUGACCUUCAAACCGGAAGGGUUUCAGUUAUUAUUAUUAUUAUUAUUAUUAUUAUUAUUAUUAUUAUUAUUAUUAUUA